AUGACAGCAAAUAUAGUGAAACUGGAUAACUUGGCGAGAAUGUGUUGCUCGAUCCGGGCCUCAGGAAUUGCACAGAGCCUAAGGGUAUCACCUGUUCCCAUGAUAUCGGUCAGCAAAAAAUACAGUACGAAAUCUACUAUCAAAAGUGUCGACAGCAACGAUAAUGUGGAAGAUAAAGACAUAGAGAAAGGAAAGAAGGAUGCAUUGAAAAGCUCCAGCGUUCCAACCUCUCGAAUAUCGAGAUUGUUUCAUUAUGGGUCGCUGGCAGCGGGAGUUGGCAUGAAUGCGGCUGCGAAAGGCAUAUCGGAAGUUGCAAAAGGUAAUUCUCCAACCUGGAAGUCAUUGAUCUUGUCGGAUUCCAACAUCGACAGAAUCACCAAUAAAUUCUCCAAAAUGAGAGGUGUGGCAUUGAAAAUAGGGCAAUUAUUAUCUUUCCAAGAUGAGAAAGUGCUACCAAAGGAAUUAUAUGAGAUUUUAUCACGAGUGCAAAACAGUGCGAACCAUAUGCCUCAGAGACAGUUGGAAAAAGUCAUGGCUAAAGAAUUAGGAGCUGAUUGGAAGAGCAAAUUCUCCAAAUUUGAGAAAGUACCCAUGGCAGCGGCUAGUAUUGGGCAGGUACAUGCCGCAGAAUUGCCUGAUGGUCAAAGAGUAGUCGUUAAGAUACAAUACCCUGGUGUUAAAGAAUCGAUUGAUUCAGAUUUAAAUAGUCUACUAAUGCUGCUUACCGCCUCAAGCUUAUUACCUAAGGGCUUGUUUUUGGACAAGACAAUCGCCAAUGCUAGAACGGAACUAAAGUGGGAAUGUGAUUAUAAGAGAGAGGCUGGAGCUUUGCAAAAGUUCGAAGCAUUGCUGAAGGAUGAUCCAGCGUUUGAGGUUCCUCAUGUGUUCCCUGAGUAUACUACCGAUAGCAUUAUAACCAUGACACGCAUGGAGGGGACUGAAAUAAUGAAGUUGCCCAAGGCAUCGCAGGAGACCAAAAAUUUCAUAUCAGAAAAUAUUAUGAGGCUAUGCUUGGAGGAAAUUGCUACCUUCAAGUAUAUGCAAACGGAUCCUAACUGGGCAAAUUUCCUGUAUAACUGUAAAACAAAGAAGGUUGAACUAUUAGAUUUUGGUGCAUCGAGACCUUUUGCAGAAGAUUUUACUCUAAAGUAUAGAAAACUUCUGACAUACGCCACGUUAGAAGAUCGUAGGGGCGCAUACGAAAUGUCUGUGCAACUGGGCUACUUGACUGGCUUAGAAUCGCAGUCCAUGAAGGACGCGCACGUGGACAGUGUGCUGACAUUGGGUGAGCCUUUCAGAGGAGAUUUCGAUAAACCUUUUGAUUUUAAGGAUCAAACCGUGUCAGACAGAAUUCGAGGCAACAUUGGGCUAAUGUUGAAUGAGAGACUAUGCCCACCACCAGAGGAAACAUACUCUUUACAUAGAAAAUUUAGUGGGAUUUUCCUUUUGUGUGCGAGAAUGGGUGCUUCCGUCCAUUGCGCAAGACUUUUCCAGGAAAUCUUUGCUUAUGAAGUUUGA